CCUGUCGCAGUCCAUCAGUGGUGCUGGUUCGGCUGGGGAGGGACGAGGGAGGGAGAGUGAUAGACUGAGCGAAAGGGGAGAGCAGCGCGCGUUCAGGCGGGACAGCAGGGCGCGCAGGACAUCAGCACACCGGCCGGGUCAAGGAGCUGCAAGGAUGGAGAUCCGACCGGACAGGUUCAAGGCGGUGGCGGGGAAAACCUUGGGGAAAAUUCACAGGCUCAUUGAGAAACGACAGGCCAAUGGAGAAACCAUCGAGUUAUCGGCUGAAGGCCGCCCGGAGCUGGUGGAGGAGAAGGAGCUGCCCGUGGUGGACUGCACCUGCUUCGGCCUCCACAGGCGGUACAUCAUUGCCAUCCUGUGCGGUCUGGGCUUCUGCAUCUCCUUUGGUAUUCGAUGCAACCUGGGUGUUGCUAUUGUUAGCAUGGUCAAUGACCAUACGGUCUACAAAGGCAACAAGGCGGUGCUUGUGGCUGCACAGUUCACCUGGGACCCGGAGACGGUGGGGAUGAUCCACGGCUCCUUCUUCUGGGGCUACAUAGUCACACAGAUCCCGGGUGGCUUUAUAUGUCAAAAAUUUGCAGCCAGCAGGGUGUUCGGCUUUGCCAUCGUGGCCACGUCCAUCCUCAACAUGCUGAUCCCAUCUGCAGCUCGCUGCCACUACAGCUGCGUCAUUCUUGUGAGGAUAUGUCAAGGCCUUGUUGAGGGUGUAUCGUACCCAGCCUGCCACGGGAUCUGGGCCAAGUGGGCGCCUCCUCUUGAGAGAAGUCGAUUAGCCACAACAGCCUUUUGUGGAUCCUAUGCUGGGGCAGUGGUGGCCAUGCCUUUAGCUGGGAUACUGGUGCAAUACAUCGGGUGGCCUUCUGUAUUUUAUGUCUAUGGCAGUUUUGGGAUAUUCUGGUAUUUAUUCUGGAUUCUUGUGUCGUAUGAGAGCCCAGCAGUCCAUCCCACUAUCACUGCAGAGGAGAGAAAAUACAUUGAAGAGGCAAUCGGAGAAUCUGCAGCUUUUCUGGAUCCCCUUCAUAAAUUUAAAACGCCAUGGAGACAUUUCUUCACCUCCAUGCCAGUCUAUGCCAUCAUUGUGGCCAAUUUCUGCAGGAGCUGGACUUUCUACCUGCUGCUCAUCAGCCAGCCUGCGUAUUUUGAAGAAGUUUUUGGCUUCGAGAUCAGCAAGGUGGGCAUCGUGUCAGCUUUGCCCCAUCUGGUGAUGACAAUCAUCGUGCCUAUCGGAGGCCAACUGGCCGACUACCUGAGAACUCACAACCUGAUGACCACCACCAACGUCAGAAAGCUCAUGAACUGUGGAGGUUUCGGGAUGGAGGCCACCCUCCUCCUGGUGGUCGGAUUUUCUCACACUAAAGUUAUUGCCAUUACUUUCCUGGUCCUCGCUGUGGGGUUCAGCGGCUUUGCAAUCUCAGGGUUUAAUGUUAAUCAUUUGGAUAUUGCCCCUCGAUAUGCCAGCAUACUGAUGGGAAUUUCCAACGGAGUGGGAACGUUAUCAGGAAUGGUGUGUCCUCUCAUAGUGGGGGCCAUGACCAAACACAAGACGCGGGAGGAAUGGCAGUACGUCUUCCUCAUAGCGUCCAUCGUCCACUACGGAGGAGUGAUUUUCUAUGGGAUCUUUGCAUCUGGGGAGAAGCAGUCGUGGGCCGACAUAGAGGACACGAGCGAGGAGAAAUGCGGUAUAAUCAAUGAGGACGAACUGGCCGACGAGACGGAGGAGCUCUACCGUGGAGGCGGCCAGUACGGCGCCAUGGGUCAGCCGGUGGUUGGUUCAAAUGGAGGAGGAGGCGGCGGUGGAGCGGGAUGGGUAACAGACUGGGAUAAGUCUGAGGAGUAUGUGCAACCACCGGGAAACAACUCAUACAUGCAUAGUGGAGGGAAGGAGAAGAAGCUGACAUAGAAGACUGAAGAGAUUCAACAAAAAAUAAGUAAAUGAAAAGAUUGUUUAUGUAGAAGGAUUGUAAGGGAGCUGUUGAGGUACAUUGAGGACAUUUGAGGACAUUUACAGCUGCACAUGUCAAGAGUCUGGCUCCGCUAUGUUGCAGGUGUGUGUGUGUGCGUGUGUGUGUAUGUGGAUGGGUGUUUGUGGGUGUGCAGCAGCCAAUGCAGUGAACCUGCAGAAACACACAGUUUUCAUUUACAAAAUCUGGAAUCUUCUCGCAGACUUUCUUCCUGAUCCUGACUUCAUGGUGAAGGGCCAGCAGUUUGGUUUCCAAGCCAUUGCUGAGGAGUUUGUGUGUGAGAAAGAAAAAAAAGUGGUGGUCUUUUGUUGUUUUUACAUUUUUACUUGUAAGCAUUUUUGUUUUUCAAUUUAUGGCAUAAAACAGUGUUUAAAUUACAAAAAAUACAUUGUGAAAUGGUGCAGCUUCAUAAUUUCAGAAGAAAUAACAAACAUGUCGGUGAAAAGGCGGUUCUGGGUGUUGGCUUGCAUUAGUCUGUGCACAUAAAUAUAAUUAGAUUUUUGAGGGAAUAUGUGUGUGUGUGUUGGUGUGUGUGUUAAAGUGUACCUGUUUUUGGCAGUGUCUCACCCAGGACAGAGUCAACUAUAAGAUAAACAGUUCAGGUCAGAGGUUUACAUGCACCUUGUGAUGCAUUCAAACUAUUCCUUUUUCCAGCACCAGCUCUGUCUGGAGAACAUACACACCAGGUUCUCCAGACACGGUGUGUAUACCGUCAUCCAAACACUUCAGCUCUGGCUUCAUCUCACCAGAGUAGGUUCACCAAGUAUUAAACCGGCUUGCCCAGAUCUUUCACUACCAAUUUUUAAAAGUUUUAAUUUCAUAUUGUUUGCAUGGGGAAAAACUCUAGACGUUGUUUUCCAGAUCUUGCUGAAGCUCUUUGUGAGUGAUCCUUAGCUUUCUUCACAUUGAAGCCACAUUAACGCUGCCAUAGACUGACAGAAUGCCUAAGAAACAAAAGAAGCCGCUGCAAUAAUGAUUGUUCAUUUCUAGAAUGUGAUGUUUUUAUGUUUAAGAAAACUGUAUUAGUUGUCAAGCAUGGUGGCAGAAGCAUCAUGUUGGGGGUCGGUUUUAGUGCCAUUGGUAUUUGUAUAUUGUCCAAAGAAAGCGGAAUAAUCAGAAAGGAAAACGUUCUUCAACUUCGCCACAAGCCAACAUCCAGUUGGUUCAGUUUGGGAAACAUUUACAAAGAGAACAGUGAUCCCUCAAAAAACAUUACAAAUGCUUUUGGAAUUUAAAACUUAGGCUGACAUUAAGAGUAGCAGAGACUUUAAUCCUAUUUUUAAAAUUGUGGACAUUUUAAAUUUAGAUUUGUGCUUUUAACCAAACCAAAAAUCAAACAGAAUUAUCCAAUGACCUACAAACAGUGGGUGGUGUUUCUGCAAAUUGCUAAGGGACAUUUUAAUUAAAUUGUUUGUUACAUAAUGAUUCCACAACUUCACAUUCAUAUUUACACAGAUGAGUGUUUAUAAAUGCCUGACCUGAACUGUACAUAAAAGCAGAAGUUUACUGCUUCCUAUCUGAGAAAAGUCAGUAAAUAAAGUGUCGUGACUUCACUGCUCAUUUAGCAGAACAAUGGCUGCCGUAAACCCUGACCUCACACUUCAAGGGGUUAAGCCUUUCCUUCUGUCUCUGGAGCUCCUUUUCUUCUGGUCUCUGUUUGCCUUUUUAUUUUUCUCUCUGUCCUUUCUAGCUUAAUUUCAGUCGCGUGUCUGUCUGUCUGUCUGCGUGUGUGUGUGUGUGUGUCAAGGGGUCAGGUGUCGCGUGUGCAUGUGUGGCAGCAAGUGUGCGGUUGUGUCAGAUGCCGGUGCUGAAACAUUGUGCGGUGAUGAGCAUGUUUUAAUUUGCACAACUUCCCAGCCGUCUCUCUCUUUUUUUUUCCACUCGUAAUGCACAACAACAUACAGAGUGUUUAUUUCAUCCAUGCACAGCAAAGUGCAAACACGCAGAAAGAAUGGUGACACAGAUUUUAAUCAUAAAAGAGAAACCCACUAUUGCCAAUAAGCAAGCAUUUUCUGGCAAACAUUGUCAGUGAAUGUGUCAAAUACAGCCAGUCAGAUGUUUCUUUUUUGCACACCUUGUUAUCGUGUCUGUCUCUGGUUAUGACUGCUCAGGAUUUUCUUGCAGAUGAACUACUGAACUGCCUAACCUGCCGAGUGCACUGCAUUGAAUUCAUGAAAUAAUGCAUGCAUGCUCAAAUGCUCAAAUACACACAUAACUUCUGCUUUAAUGUUAAGUAACAAAUUUCAAAUGAAAAAAUGUAUGAGUCCUCGGAUCUUGUUUAUCAACUACGAAUGUUAAAGCGGAUGUGAGGGCACAGCAAUGUUGGUAGCCUCCGUUGACAAAUCAUUGUUUAAAAGGGUAAGCCAGAUGUUGUUCUGAGUGUAACGUAUUUAAGACAUGAAUGAUUAUUUCUUCAGUAACAAUUUGUUUCCGUGUGUCGUAUCAGUGUAUCUUUAAUGGAUUUUCUUCUUUGUCAAACGUUUUGGCUGUUCAAAUGUUCUCCUCUCCUCUCUCGAUGAACUGUGUGGUUGCUGGGUGAGAAUUGGUGUGCGACGAAGUAAAAAGAAGUAUCAUCAUUUAAACUUGCAGAAAUGUGGAAAUAUUUUAUGUAUAGAAAAAAAAAUGUACAUGUGAGGUGAACCUUGUGUAAAAUAAAGAUUGGAGCGACUUCAGAUGGUUUCAACGAAA